GCAGUUGUAAAAGCUGAUUCCACCAAUCUAGACCUAAAGUCAAUGGCCCUAAUGAAAACUUACUUCCCACUUGAAGUCAAAGAAAAAUUGAAAGAAAGGGAUAAAGAAAGGUAUGAUGAAGUCGUGGGUAAAGAAAAGUGUAUAAUCAUGUAAUCUCUUGUAUAAUAAGUUGGUACUGUAAAAAAGAUGUUGCAAUUUUUUUUUGUUUUUUGCUUUUUCUUGUAGAUUCUCAAAUCGACCUGAGAGCUCGGUUUUUUCUGUUAACAAUAACUAAGCAAUUGCUUCUAAUCAGCAAAUUCCCAUUCUAUAAUGAGUAUAGAUAAAUCAACUAAGUAUGAUCGUCAAUUGAGACUAUGGGAAUCAACUGGCCAGCAGAAAUUGGAGGAUUCAAGUAUAUGCUUGAUCAAUGCAACAGCAACUGGCUCAGAAUUGUUGAAAAAUUUAGUAUUACCUGGAAUCGGCCAGUUUACUAUAAUUUCAGACUUACCAGUUACUCCCAAUUCUCUAUCUGGUAACUUUUUCUUAGACGAUGAAGAUAUAGGCAAACCGUUGGCUACGGCAAUGACAGAAAAAUUAGUUGAAUUGAAUACUGAUGUACAAGGAAACGCUAUGAAUGAUAAUUUGAAUAACAUACUCAAAAAUGAAUCACCUGAGUUUUGGAAUCAAUUCAGUGCAGUGGUUGUAUGUGAUUUCAUUUCGUCUGAUGAUUUAGAUAAGCUACAAGACAUCACCUGGAAUAUAAAGAUUCCUUUAUUUGUGCUCAAUACCCUUGCCUUUUAUGGAUCGUUGAAAUUAAUAAUGCCAGAAACAACGGUUGUCGAAACUCAUGAUCCUUCUAGAUUAUUUGAUUUAAGAAUAGACAACCCAUGGGAAGAGUUGAAACAUUAUGCGGACUCGAUUCACCUAAAUGAAUUGGAUGAUACCGACCAUGCUCAUAUUCCGUAUAUUGUUAUUUUUUUGAAAGCUCUAACUGCUUGGAAACAGGAUCAUAAUAACCUACCUCCAAGAACUUAUCCAGAAAAGAAAUCUUUUAGAUAUGAUUACGUUGAGGCCUUAUCACGAGAUAUAAAAUCUGAAACGAACUUUAUCGAAGCUUCUCAAUCUGUUCAUCGUGCUUUACAAUCUACCAGGGUACCUCAACCAAUUCUUAACUUGUUCGAGCAUUCGAAGAUUAAAGAUGGGAAUUUGAAUUACCACACACCAAUGUUUUGGAUUUAUGUCAAAGCUCUCAAAAAUUUCGUAAUAAAGAAUGAUGUUCUUCCUCUUCCUGGUAAUAUACCUGAUAUGGCAUCUGAUACAACAAACUAUAUCAAAAUACAAUCCAUUUAUCGUGAAAAAGCUUUGAAAGACAUGAAUGAAUUCACCGUCGAGGUUUUAAAAAUUUUGGAAAAUGCUGGGAGAUCAGAAGAAGGAAUUAAUAAAGCCCUGAUUGCAACGUUUUGUAAAAAUACUGCAUUAUUGCAUGUUGCUGAAGGAUCCAAAGAUCUUUGUAACAAUUAUUUAAUCAAAAAAGUUUUAGAAGGUAAAGGAAGUGAAUUUGAUACUGACCAAUACAAUAUAUUAAGUAUCCACUUUGCAAUUUUGACUUUUAACUUAUUCAUACAAACCCAUGGAAGAAUACCGACUACUGAUGAUUUCGAUGGAUUCACAGGCUUGUUUGUAGACAACUUUUCUCCAUCUAUACUAGUUGGAAAUCUACCUAAUUCAGUGGUCUUAACUUUCAGAGAAGUUUUGGCUCAUAAUUCUACAUCCUAUCAUAAUAUGAGUAGUUUCAUGGGUGGAAUUGCAUCACAGGAAAUAUUGAAAAUUGUAACUGGUCAAUAUAUCCCCCUUGACAAUCUAUUUGUAUUUGAUGGAAUAAGGUCGGUCAGCGAAAAAUGGAAAGUAUAA